AUGUACAUAGUACUUUUCACUUGGUGCUCAGGAUUGGGAUUACCUACCAGGUACUAUAGAUGGGGGGAUGACCCUAGACAACAUUUUUUGUUGCGGCCAAUUCAGAGGCUAUCUUGUCCUGAUGAGCCAGUGCCUCCCUUUGAUGAUGAGGAGGAUAUGCCACAAUGGAGGAGCCCUCAGCGGAGGAGAGGUGGAAAUGGUGGAGGUGGUGGCGAGGGUGGUGGAGGUGAUGGUGGAGAUGGGGGAGGUGGAGGAGAUGGGGGAUGUGGUGAUGUGGGAGCUAGCAGCUCUGGGUGGUAG